AUGGCAUCUUCUGAGGUCGACCAAAAAUUUCUCGGCAAGCUCGCAAGAGCAGUUGAGCCUAGCAAUGCCCUGCUUAGCUCGAUGCUAUACAAAAUCCUUGGUCUUUCCAUAAAUCUUGCAGGCCACUUGGUCAAGGCCCGUAAACACCGGAAAUUAGACACGACGCGCAUGACCCAGUCGCUCGAAUUGUACCUGCACAUAAUAUGGCUCUCUCGAGAGGGUCUUGUGAUGCUGGAGCAAUAUGUUCUCCCGAUGGUUGGAGAUCACGUUGAGCUGAAAGUGCUUGCGUUCAAGUUGCGAGCAUCAUUCUAUCACAUUUUUGUGUUAUUUCACAACAGCCCGCCUGUAUCAACAAUGACCCCGGAGGCACUAGCUGCUGCUGCGGCUGGAUAUAUGUCGGCACGACUCGACAAGGGCAAAGGUGUGGCGAGAGACGAUGACAUACCUGAGACUGCCAGGUCCUCUUUACAGCCUACUCAUGUCCUGGAAGGUGGACCUGUUGGACCACCGCCUGGGUUUGGGCCGGUGCCACCCGAAGCCGUGGCUGCAUUUUUGCUUCCAGCAGUGGACUACUUGCCUACAGCGCAUAAUUAUUUCAUACAAGCCAUUGAACUCGCCGACCAAAAUCUUUGGGGGUCGCAUUCACUUCGACUUUCUUUGAAAACAGAAUACGCAGCCUUUCUUUACGAGUGUGUACACGAUGCGGAAGGGAGUCGUAAAUUGGCGAAAAAAACCAUUUCCGAGGUGUAUGAAGCUCAAGAGGGGAUGGACGAUGACAUGUUCGCCGAUGCGUGUGAACUUGUUACGGUAUUAGGCAAGAUGAUGAAGCGUGGCUUGGGAUCGAGU